CAUCCCGCGUGCAUCAUGUCUCACUUUGCCGCUCUGAGGACCCGAGAGCUGCGCGAGCUGCUGGAGGAUGAAGACAGAAUAAGACACAUAAUCAGGGGCAGCGAUAAGGUUCAGGGGCUGCAGAGUGCUGCAGAGAAGAUGCUGCUUUCCAAUCAGAAAACAGCCAAAGUCGCUCUUUCUCAAAAACCUAAAUUUAGAGAUGCUAAGUUGCUACUUGCAAUGAAGUACAAAGAACUGGAAAACAUUCAAACCACCAUCCAGGCCAAACAAGAACAACUUGCAGAAAAAUCCAGUUUGCAUUGUGCUCAGUGGAGUCUCCUAAAAAAAGUAAACCAUGCAGAGGAGGAGUGUGAGAUGCUGUGUCAGAGGUUUGAAGAGGGGAAUACGUUGCUGGCAGAUUUCCUGAAUUCCUUUCUGGGCUCACGAAAAGCCCAACACAUCAGGAUGGUUCUGGUGAAGAAGCUGCAGGAAGUUAUUGAAUUGGAAUCAACACAAUGGCUCGGUGAGAUGCUCCCUGACACUCCCAACACCUGCCUCUGCAGUCUCACCACAGCUGUGGUCUUACCAGCCUGCUGCCACCCUCCAUUCCUGCUCCCCUUUGGCCUCCAUGUGAACACGGCUCACCGUCUACAACAUUUACCGCUUUGUCAUGAUUACAAUGUGUCUCUACGUCCUCGAGUGCACGGACGAGGCCCCAGAUGGCCCACAAGACCUGUCCGUCUUCCGCCUCUGAAGGUUCAGAAGAGGAGGCAUCAACAGGCACCACAAUGAAGUCUAAUCCUGACUCGGAUACAGGUUUUCACUUCAUUCAAGAUAGUGGGUAAAGUUGACUUUGCAUCAAGCCUUGGAUUUAAAAAGAUAUUCCAUAUUUCCCCAAAUAGGUUGUGUCUUCACUAAACGGUGGAGUAACUAAGUGAAUUCAGUAAAGUGCUUUACUUAAGUAGGAUUUUAAAGGGGCUUUACUUGACUUUUCCAAAUUUCUUCUGCCUCACAUUUAUUUUGUGACUUUGGUUACUUUAAAGAUUAUUAGUCAGAUUAAUGAUACACAAUAUGGUUAUAUUUAUAAUAUAUAUGAAUGUACCCUUAAAGGUAAUGAUACAUUAUAUUGAUCUCUCAAUAACAUUGACAAGCUACCUGGUAGUAUACAAAGAGCUUAUCCUUUAGCAGCUUAAUAAUAAUUGUAUACAUUUGUUUAUUCAAAUGUAUAUGCACAAAUUGUAUUUGUAAGGGAGUAUUAUACACUGUUACUAAACUAUACUAAUUUUACUUAAGAUCAAUUAAUCUAUGGCUGUCUUUAAGUAUUAUAUUUAGGUGAUUGAAAGUUUUUCAUGUGAAGAUAUAAAUAAACGCUGAUGGACAGAGAAGUCUGGCAUGUUUAAGGUAUUUUUACAUCUUAAACUCACACUUAAGACUGUCAUUACAACAGAAAUCAAAAGGAUGCAAUUAGUUUACCGAGUAACUUGAAAUUGUAAGUAGUUAGAAGUUGCAAAAAUGUUUUGUGCAUAUUCUGUGAUUACAUUUGAUCACAUAUUUAUCAUUUCUAGGUUGCUUUGAAGAUCAUGAAUUAUUCCAUCCCCCCACAGAGACACUAAAUGAAACGAUAUUUGAAUACAAUAAAAGCAGCUUAAAUCCGUUGUAUU